UCUGGUUGUCUGCGUCGUAUGGGUUCUAUCUGACGGCUAGACAUAUUCAUGGAGUACAAAAUGUUACAAGUGACAAAAUCUCUCGAUUACAUAUGCUUGAAAAUAAACAGUGGUUGAACAAACGAGGAAUUAACAUAUUCUGUGAUCACAUGUCCUUAAAUCCAUGCUGUUUCUACAGGACCAGUGGGCGCAGAGCUAGUACGACUAGACAACGAAGUGACUCUCUACAAGCAAUCUGCGUAUGCCAACUCUCCUAAGAAAACAUAUACGUCUAUGGCCAAGACCUACUUCCGCUUCUGUCUGUACUUCGCCCUAAUUCCGGUGCCAGCGAGCGGAACUACACUCCUACGGUACCGUGCCUUCUUGGCGCGGUCACUCAGCCCCAGCAGUAUCCCGGGAUAUCUUAACAUGGUGAGACUGCUUCACCUGGAGGCGGGACUCGACGACCCACUUACGGACUGGACACUCGGACUAGAAAUUGAAAAGCCAGAUUAUACGAAUAAUGUUAAGCAGCUGUGUAUAAGUGAUGUUGUAUGGUACGACAACUAUGUGGAGCUGAUUGUCAGACACACUAAGACCAUACAGUUCGGCCAGAGGGUCCUGAGGGUGCCGUUAUCUGCGUUACCGGGGUCUCCACUCUGCCCUGGGUCAGCUCCAACAUGGAUUAUCACUUGA